CGCGUCGCAAGAUGGCGGCGGCCAUGCCCGUUCCUUUUGAGGGAGCGAGUGCGCAGCGCGGCGUCGGGCUUUGGCGAGGCCGGAGCAGCCGCGGCCGCUAGUCGUUUCCGCGCCGCCCGCUCCGGCGGCAGCAGCGGAGCCCGUCGUGGGGCUUGGCCGGCCCAGGGAAGCGGGCCCGGGCUGGGCUGGGCUGCCCGCCGCUAGCAUGGAGCCCCCCGGCGCCGUGGCCGGAGGAGGCGGAGCGGGCAGUAACGUGCCGGCCUUCCUCACCAAGCUGUGGACGCUGGUGGAGGAUCCGGACACGGACGCGCUCAUCUGCUGGAGCCCGAGUGGAAACAGCUUCCAUGUUUUCGACCAAGGCCAGUUCGCUAAGGAGGUCCUUCCCAAGUAUUUCAAACACAACAACAUGGCCAGCUUUGUGCGGCAGCUGAACAUGUACGGUUUCCGGAAAGUGGUUCACAUCGAGCAGGGGGGGCUGGUCAAGCCCGAGAAGGAUGACACGGAGUUCCAGCACCCCCACUUCCUCCGGGGCCAGGAGCAUCUCCUGGAGAACAUCAAGAGGAAAGUCACCAAC